AUGGAUCCAAACAAAUGGACAGAUGCAACAGUUCAAAUGUUCAAAGAAUCACAAGAAAAAGCAUUUGAAAGAAAGAAUGCAUAUAUCAUGCCAAUUCACAUGAUGAAUGCAAUUGUUGAAGAAGAGUCGAAUAUUAUUAUCCGAAUAGUCGAGAUGAUGGGAGGUGAUGUUAGUAAAAUGAAGAAAGAAAUACAAGAAGGAAUGAAUAAGAUUGCAGUUCAAAAUCCACCACCAGUAGAAAUUGGACUUCAUCCAACAACACAACAAGUGAUAAGACGAGCAAUAGAGAAACAAAAGACAAUGGGAGAUACAUAUCUUGCAGUUGAUGUGAUAGUAAUGUCAUUGAUGGAAGAGAAAGAAAUUAGUACGAUAGUAGGAAAUAGUGGAAUUAAUGUUCUGGAAUUUAACAAAAAGAUAAUGGAAAUGAGAAAAGGACAAAGUGUAGAAACAAAAGAAGCAGAGAGUCAAUAUGAAGCAUUGAAGAAAUAUGGAAAUGAUUUAACGGCACAAGCAGAAAGUGGGAAGAUGGAUCCCAUCAUUGGAAGAGAUGAAGAAAUUAAACGAGUUAUUCGUAUUUUAUCAAGACGAACGAAAAAUAAUCCA